AUGGGCUCCCUAUCCUAUCUCUUAGGUCCCGCUCUGCAGCGUGAACGCAGUCAUCUUCUUAUCUCCGAUCGACGUCACACGUCUUGUCAUCGCACACCAUCCACUAUACUGAAUCGUAACAGUCGACCUCUUUCCCGAGAAAUCAGCCUCUCUGUGCCGGUCCAUCCGUUCAAUUCUGUUCGCUAUUCGUCCCAUAAUAAUCUUGCACUGUCGUCUGCCUUGGCACGUCCUCCAAGACCGCCAACAACAUCUGGGAAUGGAACAGGCCACAUCUCUAGCGAUGCGGUUCCCUCGGGUGUCACCAUUGAACGCGAAAUUCCAUUACGCACGGCUUCCACGCCCUAUUUGGAAUCACUUCUAUCUACCACAAAACGUGAUUUGUCCCUGGAAUCGUACAAUUCAGUUGCCAAUCCAGAGGUUAUCAGGAAUACACGUAAUUCCACUGAACAACAUAUGACUGCAUCAUCCUCCGGUACAGACUCUGUGUUUGUAACGCAUCCACAUGUACUGCUAGUGCACGAUGACAUAUCGGACACGGUGGUGAGUGUCAGGUUUUUAAUACGAUAA